GUUUUCCAUCUCUGAUCACCACCCAACUAAAAAAAAAAGAGUUUGACAACAAUAAAAAUUCAUUCCACUUGUUAAAGAAAUAUCAGUCACACAAUUUCAAUUAAAGAAGAAACAAAAUAAACGAAAUAAUUAAAGCGUAUCUUAAUACUAAACAAUAAAAUAAACAAAUCUCUAACAGAUAAAACAUUAAAUAAAUAUAAUCAUGUCUUACGGCGGCGGCUACAAUCCCUACGAACAAAGUGGCUAUGGACAAGGUUAUUCCGCUCCACCCGGUGCUUAUCCACCACAAAAUGCUCAAAUUGCUCCAGAAGUCCAACAAUGGUUUAAUAUGGUAGAUCAAGAUCGUUCUGGAAAAAUUAAUGCCACCGAAUUAAAGGCAGCAUUGACAAAUGGUCGUGGACAGAAUUUUUCCGAUACGGCUUGCAAAUUGAUGAUUAGCAUGUUCGAUAAUGACGCUAGCGGAACGAUUGAUAUUUAUGAAUUCGAAAAAUUAUUCCAAUACAUCAACCAAUGGCUGCAGGUCUUUAAGAACUACGAUCGUGAUGGUUCCGGACAUAUAGAUGAAAACGAAUUGACACAAGCCCUCACUCAAAUGGGUUUUCGUUUCUCACCGGAAUUCAUACAGUUUUUGGUGAAAAAGAAUGAUCCACAAAAUCAAAGAGAAAUUUCCGUUGAUCAAUUUAUCGUUUUAUGUGUACAAAUACAACGUUUUACUGAGGCCUUCAGGCAACGGGAUACCCAACAGAAUGGUGUCAUUACAAUUGGUUUUGAAGAUUUUCUAACCGUUGCUUUAGGCUGUUCCGUAUGAAAGUAAUUUGUUUUUUAAAUCAUUUUUUUUUGUUAAUACAUAUUUAUAUUGAAAAAAAUAGUCAUUUAGUUUUGAAUCUAACCGUGAUGAUGACACGUUGGUGUUUUGGUAAAAUAUUCAUUUGCUUAGCUUAAUGGUAAUCUGCAUAAAAUUUGUAACUACAUGAAACUCACUUAAAUAGCACUUGAUGUAAAUCUCUUAAAUUAUGAACAAUAUAUAGAAUAAUAUAAAGAAUGUGUUUUUGAAAUAUUUUUAUAACUUCUACAUUUCACAUUUUAUUUUUUUUUAAAUAAACUUUUACAAUUGUUUCUAGUACAAACACAUUAAUAAAA